AUGUCUGAAUUCUAUUCUCCUACGAUUGAUGAAGCACCAGAUGCUGAGAUAGAUCCGCCAUCUUUUGUCAAAUUUCCAGCUUCUGCACCUCCAACGUCAUUGAGAAAUGUUAUCGAUGAGCUGCAAUUAAUUGAACAUGGGGAAGGGGGAUUCUUUAAAGAAACUGAUCGAUCUCCCUUUACAAUGGCAGUAGCAGAAUCAGAUGAUCAUGUCCCUAUGAAUUCCCAGGCUGUAGGUCCCAACAUUUCCGUCACUUCAGAAAUGGGGACAGUUACAAGGCGUCACUAUUCUACUCUAAUAUAUUACCUUUUGACACCAUCCUCCCCCAUUGGUAGAAUGCAUAAAAACAAGAACCGUAUUAUACACAUUUUACAGAAGGGAAAGGGCCAAUACGUGCUAAUCUACCCUGAUGGUAGAGUAAAAUCUUUCAAAGUUGGCUUUAACCACUCUCAGGGCGAGGUAUCCCAUUGGGUAGUACCAGGAGGAGUAUACAAGGCUAGUUUUGUGCAACCUAACGAGGAAUUCUCUAACGGACUACUCAUUAGUGAAGUCGUGGUUCCAGGAUUUGAGUAUAUAGACCAUAACUUCAUGUCUGGCCUCGAAGAACUUCAAAAAUUGGUGGGAGAAGAUAGAGCAGAACAAUUAAAGUUUUUAAUUUGA